AUGAAUGUUAACGAUCGUCGGCGACGGUUUUAUGACAUAAACAUGGCCCUACAACCGUGUAGGCGUGGCCCCAUUGCUGGUAUCUUAGUAGAGAACAUCAUCUCUAUACUUAAUCAUACGCAAACACAAGAGAACAUUAUAGUUGAAGAGCCGAUUGGCUACAGUCCAACAACAAGAUCACCCAAGAAAGAUCUCACUCCACCAUCGCUUACUAAAGAAGAGAAGCAACCCGACGGCGAUCAUAACGGCAUCGACGUCAAAGACGAUAAAAAGGCUCGCCCAAUCCCUAUUGAGGACGCAGUCAGUGUCGAAAAAGAGCCAGUGGAUUAUCAGAGGGCUAAAGAAACCCAUAUAGAGAACGACCCCCUCGCAGUGGAACUUCUUGAAGAACUGGACGUAUCAGUGGAACCUACUGUGGCAGAGAGCGAAGCCUUGCAGCAGAGUAUACCAAUGGAACACGAACCGUACUUGAUCAGUCCUAAAAAUGGAAUACCGAGUAAGCUCGACGAUGAACACUUGGACACUGGACCGAAGCCAUCAGAUAGGCUGAAGAGUGCUGAGAGUCGCGAGGACGAGGAGUUCAGGGAAGCAGAGCGUCGAGCGGAAUUGGAACUGGACAGUGAGCUCGUCAUUCAUGAUAAUGGAGCGGCUCCGGCUGCUAAAGAGAAUGAGAGAGAUCUGCAGACACCAAAGGAGGUAUUACAAGAAGUCCAACCCACCGCUCCUUCACCUACCAUUGGGGGCCCAAAAAAGGAUAACGAGAAGACUGGUAUUCAGAAACCGACAAGUCGGCUAGUGCGGCCACAGAAUCGAGUCAUCCAUACUUCUCCUCAGAGUGGUGGUGUUCCCGCCAGAGCUCAGUCGGCUGCGAGACCAAGGUAG